GGUCAUCACGGUAACAAGUAGCAAAAUACUAAAAGAAAUUUCUUUUCAAAACAAGUUCAAAGUUUUACACCGUAAAACCUAAGUUUUACUACUUUUUUACAUGAUUUAAUAAAAUAUUCAAACAAUAGUCGUGUUUAUAUUGAUUUAAUAGUCAAAAGAAAGCAUAAAAGAUGUCACUUUUUAAGAAACCUAAAAAGCCAGCGCAAAUAAACAGAAGAGUUUUCUCAAGCGAAAUUGAAAACAUGGAUGUAGAUGAGGAGGAAGGUCCUGAUGUUGACAUCAAGCCGAAAAAGAAUAAAAAAGAAAGAGACAAGGAUAAAUCAAAUAAGCCUCAGAAAAGUUCACUUCUGAGUUUUGGUGAUGAAGAGGAUGAAGGUGAAACGUUUCAAGUGAAAAAAUCUUCGUUCAGUCGUCGCAUCCAUAAAGAGCGUAAAAAGAAUAAAUCUAAUGAAAAGUCUGAUAAAAACAUUAGUAAAAAUUCUCAAAAUUCCUUUUCCCAUCACGAUAUUAACUCUUAUCAGUCUUCUCCGACUUCUGUGACAAAGGAUUGUACCAAUUUUGUCAAAGAAAUACAAUCAGAUGAAGGAUUUUCGAUUCGACUUAAGAAUUCUAAUCCUGAGAAUUUAAUUCUUAAUGGAAGAGCAGCUCUUUGUGCUGGUCGUGAUGACAUGUCAUCUGAAGAAGAGGAAGAGAAUGAAUUUGAAGAGCAAUCACAACAAGGCCACAGAUUCUCACAGCCUGAUGAAUUUGACUUUAAACUUGUGAGUGGAGCCAUUCCAGAUGCUGCAAUGAUUCAUGCAGCUCGUAAGAGAAGACAAAAAGCAAGAGAACAAGGGGAAUUUAUUGCGCUUGAAGAAAAAGAUCAAGAAGACCAGAAGAAAGGAAAACGAAAUGUUCGAGAAGAAGAUGAGGCUGAAGGAAGUAGCGGCGAUGAACAACGUGUUGACAUGUCAGCAAUCACAGGCGUUAAAGAACUUGAAGAAAGACGAGAACAAUUUUACUCAACGCAUCAGCAAGGAUCAGACGAUGAGUCCGAUAAUGAUAUGAAUGAAUGGGAAAAUCAACAGAUUCGUAAAGGUGUGACCGGUGCUCAACUUAUAUCAGCUCAACAGGAAUCAAUUUACUCUCACUACAUGAUUCAACCAUUUACAAAUUCUUUUGAUAACUCGAAUUCUGAAACAAAGGCUCCAUUGACAACAGCAGAGCUUCUUGAACAAGCGUACUCUCAAACAAAUAUUGAAUUGUCCAAACAUUUGAAGAAAAAAAAGAAGAAGGAAAGUUCGAAAGCGAUGGGAAUUAAAACGCCAAGUGAAAUAUUAAAAAGUAUUAAUGACAAGCUUCGAUCAUCAAGAGAACAAAGUCAUAAAAACUUCUUGCAAAUCGAUAAAAUUGUGGAAGAAAUGAGCGCAACGAAAAUUGAUGUAGAAGAAAGUGUGAAGAAUGGCCCAGUCGCAGCUGCUAAAUAUCGAUUCUAUCAAGAACUCAAACUCUAUGUUGAUGAUUUGAUUGAAUGUUUGAAUGAGAAAUUACCGGAGAUUAUCGCUUUAGAAGAAAAGACAAUUAGUGUGAUGGGAAAAUAUUCAAAAAAGUUGAUUGAAAGAAGGCGACAAGAUGUCAGAGAUCAAGCUAAAGAACUCACAGAUACAAAAUCAUUUAGCAAUAAAAAGACUCCCGAAGAUGAGGAAAGAAUUCGACGUGCUGCUGAACGUGAAGGAAGACGAACAAGACGAAGACGUGAUCGUGAAAAGCUCAACAUGAAUGAGACUCAUAACGAUGGAAUGUCAAGUGAUGAUGAAGUUCCUGACAUUGAAUUAUCACAGUACAGAGAACAACUUGCUCAAAUUAAAAUUGAAGCUGCGACAAUCUUCGAUGAAGUCGUCGAGGAAUAUUGCGAGUUACCACAAAUCCUACAGAAGUUUGACGAUUGGAAAAAGAAAGAUUUGAAUGCUUACAAAGAAGCUUACGUUCAUCUUUGUCUCCCAAAAAUUGUUAAUGUUUUUGUUCGAUCACAAAUGAUUCUUUGGAGUCCAUUUGAAGUUGAAUUUUAUGAAGAUAUCGACAAGAUGAAAUGGUUUCAUUCAGUUGCAAUGUAUGGAAAGACAUCUGAUGAGACUGAAGACAUGUUACGCAAAGAUCCCGACGUAUUUCUUAUUCCCACAGUUAUCGAGAAAGUCGUGCUGUUAAAAUUAACAAAACUUAUCGAUGAAUGUUGGGAUCCACUUUCAACAACACAAACAUUAAAACUUGUCAAAUUAAUUAAUCAAUUAUCGAAUGAUUAUCCUUCACUUCGUAUUACAUCAAAGAAUCUUCAAAAUUUGUUCGUUGUUAUCACAGAUAAGAUGAAGGCAGCACUUGAUAACGAUGUCUUCAUUCCCAUCUUUCAGAAACAAAGUGCAGAUGCAAAGUCUUCAUUCUUUCAACGUCAAUUCUACAGUGGAGUGAAACUCUUUAGAAACUUCAUAAGUUUUCAAGGAAUCGUGGCUGAUAAGACGCUGAAGAAGUUUGCAAUUCUUUUACUUCUCAACAGAUAUUUAUUGUCUGCGAUGAGAGUUUCAACGGCAGCAGAUGGUGUUACAAAAGCUUACACAAUUGUUCUGACGCUUCCUCGAACAUGGCUUGUCGGAGCUGACAAAAGCUUCAUUGAACAUAUCAACAUGUUUGUGAUUUAUGUGACGAGCUUGGAGGGUCAGCUUGACAAGAAGAGUCUGACUUACAAUGAUUCAAUUGAGAAGCUCAAGCAGAUAUCAAAUCGGUUGGAUUUGAUGGUUGCCAAAUAAAAUGAAAAAAAUUCCAAUAAAAGAUUAAAUUUUAAAAAUUUCAAUAAAA